UAGAAAUUUGCACAGAAUGCAUAAAUUAUGAUAAAUAUUCAGAAAAUUUAAAAUAUCCAACGAAUAAUUUUUUAUUCAGAGUUAAAUCGUGCAUCGUUGCCUUCGUUUUUGAAUUCGCAAAGUCUUGCAUCUGGAUUUUAUUGUUUUGGAACUUUUGGCACAGCCUGCGUCAAUCGUAAUCACAGGAGCCAUCAAAGACAGCGCUGUGCUGGUUUUAAGUACUUUUCCGUACGCUCUUAGGUCUCCGUAUGUCAAUGACGAUUAAUUGCCACUAAAAAUUAUCGCGUUGCAUAUUCUGUGCUAUGCACUGCAGUCAUGGCCACCAGAUUGGAUCGUCUGUUUGCCCUGCUGGAGAGCGGAUCCAAUGUGGGCACACGGAAAGCCGCGGCGGUACAGCUCGGCGAAGUCCAGCGUCUGCAUCCGCAUGAGCUCAAGACGCUAUUGACGCGGAUUCUCGCUCUCCUGCGCAAUCCCUCGUGGGAUACGCGGGUGGCGGCCGGCCAGGCGCUGGCCGCUGUGGCGGAGAAUGUCGCCGUGUGGAAUCCGGCGCCGUCCACGCUGAAAACAGAUCCCGCAGCGGAUUUCGAUGUCGCGCCAGGAAAGAUGCAGUUUGACCAGUUCGAUAUAGAACGUGUACUGCUAAACGGUGCCCAGUUGUUGGGAUCCGAAGGACGGGAAUACGAUUGUGAUGAUCAACAUAAUGCCAGCAGUCGGCGCAAUGCGUUGAACGAGCACAUGGGUCUGGGAUCGUUUGCGGAGAAAGCCGGCCUGGGGGCGUUUGCCGAUGAACUGGUGGAGGAUGAGGAUUUCCUUCCCGCACCGUCUCCUCGAGAGAAUUCUGCGAGAGUGGCGUUGAAUGCCAUGUGGGCAGCCGGACAGACGAUGAGCGCCCGGGAACGGAAUCGAUUCAAACGGAAACUCAAGUCAUCGGUUAGCCGGAGUCUAUCCAUGGAUGAUAGUCCACUCGAGUUGGAUUUAGAAACGGCGUCCAAAAAGCCGCGAUCAGUGGAUGAUAGUCCAAAAUCCCUGAGCGAUACCAGCGAUGCACCCGGUGAUGAGUGUUUGGAGUGGCCGUUUACGCGGAUGCUGGAGGAGUUAUCCGGCGAUCUCUUCCAUUCUGACUGGCGUAUUCGCCAUGGUGCGGCCACCGGCAUCCGCGAAAUCAUCCGCGUACACGGCUACAGCGUGGGACUGUCACAUGAACUUGCCUACGAUCGGAUGCAUCAAGCGAACGAGCGGUGGUUGGAGGAUGUGGCGCUGCGGUUACUGUGCGUAUUGGCACUGGAUCGUUUCGGUGAUUUCGUUUCCUAUGAAGUGGUGGCGCCAGUUCGGGAGAGCUGUGCGCAGGCAUUAGGCGCCGUGGUCAAAUGGAUGCCGUCUCUGGUCGACCAAGUAGUGGAUUGUCUGCUGAAAUUGACCCAACAAACCAACUGGCAAACGCGGCACGGUGCCAUCCUGGGAAUUAAAUACGUACUAGUCGUCAAACAGAAUCUUGUUGGCGAGUUGUUCCCUAAGGUUCAUGCGGUCAUCGUUGGCAGUCUAAAAGAUCCCAUCGAUGACGUGUGCGCCGUGGCCGCUGCUGCGCUCGAAGCUGUGAUGGAUGAAUUUCUGCGCGUUAUGCCGCAAGAGGUUCCGAAAGUGUUGGCAUUGCUGUGGGAUGGGUUAUUAGAUUUCGACGAUCUGACAUCGUGGACGAACAGUUUCAUGAGUCUCCUCUCGACGAUCGUGACGAAAUCCGAUCCGCAGGAGAUCUCCACCAAUCAGAAACCGUUGCACGAAUUAUUACCGCGUCUGUGGCCCUUCUUGGAUCAUUCCUCGGAGAAGAUCCGCUCAUCCGUCCUGCAUACAGUCAAUACGCUGGUGCGGACCAGCAACAGUGGGGAUACGGAUAGUUCCUGGCUGAAUGUGAUAUUGUGGGAUUUGAUGAAACGGCUGUUUCAGCGGAGUGUACUGGAAGAACGUCCGGCGGUGCAGGCAACGGUUAAUGAGUUGUGGUUGAGCUGCUUACAGCGCGCUGCUCCUGCCCACCUCCUAGACAUCUUCCAGCAGUGCGUCGCCAGUUGGCUGUCCUUAGCCAUGCAUCCGCCGGCCUAUCCCUUGGAUCCCACCCUCUUCGGCGUGGGUACCCAUCCCGGAGCGGUACGCGUCGGUCCCAGUGAUAAAGUGAUAUACUUUGCCGGCAACGAAUCCUUCAACGAUAUCCCUUUGCAUCGGGAUCUGGCCGUCAUCCGAACGCGCAUCUUGACCAGCAAGAUGAUCAGCGAGAUGGCGGCACGGGUUAUUCAACUGGAUACCACAUUGGCCGCCGGAAAUCUCUUCAUGUCGGUGAUGCAGUAUCAUUUCCGGUCGAAAUCCGCUGUGCAGAAGGCCACCGUCGGGCUGGUUAUGUAUCAUUUGGCGGUGGAGAUGCCGCGGCAUCCUGCGUUGCAACGGCUUUUUGAUGAUGCCGCGAUGAAGUUCCUAACGGGAUGUCUGGAGGAGACCAUGCCGUAUGAUGAAUUAGCCCUGACGGUGACCUCCAUGCAGAGUAGCUGCGCUGCGCUGGUGCAAGAUCUUCGUACGGGCAAUGCGGCUGUGGAUGCUGUCUAUUGCCGACCCGUGCUAACGAUGGAGCAGUGCCAGAAUUUAGUAUCAACCGUGUCGGAGAAAGCCCUGGCGGGAUUGGGUCGGAAGGUGAAUAAAGUGCCGAUCAUCCAGAAGCGCAACGAAGCCAUUGCUGCCACCAUGCAAGCAGCAUCCGAAUAUCUCAAACUCUCCACUCGGGUGCGAUUAACAGCGGCGACGGCGUUAAUCGCAUUGGGAUACACUCCAGAGAAAUUAGCUCCUUUGGUCAAACCGCUGAUGGACAUUCUGAAACGGGAUGACAAUAAAGUUUUGCAGGAAUUAGCCGCGCAUUCCCUGGCGCAUCUGAUGAUACGGAUAUGUGAUACGUCGCAGCCGACAUGUGAUAAGAUUAUCAAGAAUCUCUGUACCUAUCUCUGCUGUGAUCCGGCGCAGACGCCCAGUCCCGAGGAUCCGCUGGCGGGAUGGCGGAAUAACAACGGCGGGCCGUCGUCCGGUGAUGAGGAGUACGAUGUGACUCCGACUAAUGGAAUUUUGUCGCUAUGUGUAUUGACAAAGGAAAAAGAUCGCGGCGCACGAACACCAGCCGCUGCCCGCAAAACCGCCCCUUCCGCUGGCGCCCCAUCGCCCGGGACGUUUAUCCCUCCGGAAGAGAUGUCCUCCCUGGAGACGCAGCGACUCGGCGGAGAGUACGGACUGAGCGCCAUCUGCCGGACGUUCGGGUUGAACAUUGCGGAGAAUCUCCCGCAGUUGAUCCACACACGCAUCCUGCAGCCGAUCCAGACGUUAUUACCGCUGGCGGACAGUGCGCCGGCCUCCGCUGAUGCUGUCCAGGAGUUGAUUAACACGCUGCAGAUUCUGGAGAAGUUGGUGGAGCCGCUGCACGAGACGGUGCGGAUAGCGCUGGUGGCGGUGCUGCCGCAUAUCGCGCAGGGUGUGGCGCAUACGUUGACGGCGGUACGGCAUAUGACGGCGCGGGUGGUGGCCGGCAUGGCGGUGGUGUGUGAGGAGGUGGUGAUGCGGUUUGUCGUGGAGAAGGUGGUGGAGGUGCUGGGCGUGCUGGAUAACCAUGUGGCGCGCCAAGGCGCCAUCGAAGUUAUUGGUUGCGUCUUGGAUCGGCUGGGAAUGGGUAUUGUCCCGUACAUUGUCCUGUUGACGGUGCCGGUGAUGCGGCGUAUGACCGACCAAGACCAGGCGGUCCGCUUGAUGGCUAGCCAGUGUUUUGGCUCGAUGGUGCGCUUGAUGCCGUUGGGGAUGGCCGCUGCGCGCCAGUCCACCAACGCCUGGUACAGCCAGCGUCCGGAGGAAAUCAGUUUCCUGGAACAGCUGUUGGAUAGCCGGAAGAUGGAGGAGUUUGUGGUGCCGAUGCCGGUGGAUGCACAGCUGCGGCCGUACCAACAAGAAGGGCUGAACUGGCUGAACUUCCUGAAUCGGUACAAUCUGCACGGGAUCUUGUGCGAUGAUAUGGGAUUGGGGAAAACACUACAGACCAUCUGCAUUGUGGCUGCCGAUCAUUAUUUACGAGCUAGUAAAUUUCAGGAAACUAAAUCCGCCACCUGCAAUCCGAUCCCCUCAUUGGUCAUCUGCCCAGCCACUCUGAUUGGACACUGGGCACGCGAAGUACGACGAUUUGUCGGCAAAGAACAUCUGAAUCCAUUACAAUACGAAGGGUCGCCAGCCGAGCGGAAUAAAUUACGGAAGGCGGUAAAGAACCAUUCGCUGAUUAUUUCCAGCUACGAGAUUGUCAAGAACGAUGUGGAGUUUUUUCGGGAUAUUAAAUGGAACUAUUGUGUGCUGGAUGAAGGGCAUAUCAUUCGCAACAUUCGCACGCGGGUUUUUAAGGCUAUUAAACAAUUGGUGUGCAAUCAUCGGUUGAUUCUGUCCGGUACACCGGUGCAGAACAAUGUCCAGGAUUUGUGGGCGUUGUUUGACUUUUUGAUGCCGGGACUGUUGGGAACGGAGAAACGGUUCAAUGCGCGUUUUGCCAAACCCAUCGACUCCAGUAAAGAUCCCAAGGCGUCCUCUAAGGACAUUGAAGAGGGCGCGCUGGCCAUGGAAACCCUGCACAAGCAGGUGCUGCCGUUUAUUCUGCGCCGUUUGAAAUCCGACGUACUCAAAGACCUUCCACCUAAAAUUAUUCAAGACUACUACUGCGAUCUCAGUCCGUUACAACAGCGUUUAUACGAGGAUUUCGCCAAAUCCAAAGCGCAGAAGGAGGUCAUCCACAGCCUGCUGAACGAGGAGAGCAGCAGCGCCAAAUCCGCCUCCACCAACCACGUCUUCCAGGCCUUCCAGUAUCUGCGCAAAGUAUGCAAUCAUCCGGCGCUGGUGCUGAACGACAAGCAUCCGCAGUACAAACACAUCGUCAAGGAUCUGCAGCGCGACAAUUCUUCUUUAUUCGAUAUCCAGCAUGCGGCGAAAUUCGUGGCACUGCAGCAGUUACUGCUGGAAUGCGGGAUUGGCACGGAGGAUGCUGAGUUGAGUGUGGUCAAUACACAUCGCGCACUCAUUUUCUGCCAGCUGACAGCCGUUCUGGAGAUGCUGGAGCAGCAUUUAUUCCGGACGCAUAUGCCGGGAGUGACGUAUUUAAAGCUGGACGGAAGCAUCCCCGCUCGCGACCGGCAGGAUAUCGUGGAAAGAUUUAAUACCGAUCCGUCGAUCGAUGUGCUGCUGUUGACAACGGCCAUCGGUGGGCUGGGAUUGAAUUUAACCGGUGCUGAUACUGUGAUUUUUGUGGAACACGACUGGAAUCCGUCCAAAGACAUUCAGGCCAUGGAUCGCGCGCAUCGCAUUGGCCAGAAACGCGUGGUGAAUGUCUACCGGUUGAUUACGCGCGGCACACUGGAAGAAAAAAUUAUGGGCCUGCAGAAAUUCAAGCUGCACGUGGCCAACUCGAUCAUCACCCAGGAGAACAGCGCCCUGCAGACGAUGGGCACCGAGCAGAUUGUCGAUCUGUUCUCGGUGGACGCCGUGGCCAAUGAUUGGCGCUCUAAGCAUCCUUCCUCAAAAGUUCCUGUCAAAGGCCUCAAGGCCGCCCUGGAUAAUCUGGAGGAUCUCUGGGAUUCCGCCCAGUACGACACCGAGUACGAUGUCAAUCGCUUCCUGGAAUCCCUCAACAAAACCGGUUGAUAUGGCUUUCAUCUAUUUUGUUUUUAUUGUUGCUUAAUGUUUCCUAUAGAAUUUGUCGCUUCGUUCGCUACAUAAUAUAUUUUCUGAGGAAUGAUUUCUUGUUUGGAAAAAAGCAGUUACCAAUGUUUGUCUGCUUGCUUGAGAAUUUUUGCACUGUUUUAUCUGUUAAAGCUUUACGAAGCAUUGCGAUAUGAUUUUCCAAAAAAUGUCCGGUUAAUUUAAAAAAAGAGAUAGAAUUAAAAUCGCUAAAAUAUGUUUAAUUAAUUUCCGU